AUAACACGGACCACAUCAAGGCCCACAACGCUACCCUCCAAAUCCGUGUCCAUGUGCGCUCCUCGGUGAAGCCCACGGUGGAAAUGCUCGGCCUUCGGUAAGACAGCCUACUGGAUCCCUCACCGAACAACAGUCAGUCUCCCUUCCCCACUCUUUUCCCAGUUGCACGCAAACACAGAAAGCAGCUCACAACAUCAGCACAAUUGCAUGUUGUGUCUUCCUCCCCUUUACCUCACGCUCGGCCACCAGACGAAGGCAUCACCACCCUUCAUCGCAUCCAGCUACAGCCCAAUCGACAAGCCUGACUUGUUUUACCUAGCUAUUUCUCCUGCAACUCACCGCACAUCUCUAACUCGCCCCAGUUGGAUCCUCACCACUGCAGAUUCUUGAUUCGUCUUCACCUCCAGCCUCACUUUUGCGUUGCCAAUCACACUGGCCAUCGAGUAAUGCUAGCGCACCUCUUUGCCAACUUCCACACCGGCGAUGCAUUCUUCUGAAACCAAGGAUGCAGACCCUGUACUGCUUCACGAAACCAGUAGUUCACCGCCCAAGGACCCUUCUGCCCCCUCGCUGGAUCUCGUUGCUACUACCGAGAUAGCCGCCGACGACCCUGUCAAUCUCCCAAGACCGACCAACUUCUUUCGUCAAGUCCAAUGGACUGCUGACGGCACAACCCUCGUCGCUUCUACCUCGGACAACUGCCUGUCGGCAUACGUCUUGCCAGCAGACCUCCUCAGCCCAACCGGCCGGCCCCGGCUCUUGACGCCCCAUGGUCAGCUGCAGCUCCCGGAACCCUUCUACUCGGCCGCUCUGUCGCCCUAUUUUUCACUGUCCGAGCCGCAGACUCAACUCGCUCUGCUCGCCUGCAAAGACCAUCCCCUCCAGCUGUAUCACGUCUUCCCAGAGUCCCGGUCUUCGCCCCCGCUGUGCUCUUACAAGCUGAUUCGCCGCGAGACAGAGGAGUACAUCUGCCCCGAGUCUCUCCUGUGGUCUUGGCCCGGCACCCAUUUCCUUGCCGGUUCGACAAAUCGUCUCGACCACUUCGACGUGUCGAGAACCGGUUCUGAUGGCCCUGUCUUGACAAUCCCCACAAUCCCCUCCAAGCGGCACCUUCUCAAGGGCGGCGGUGUUGGUAUGAAGGGAAUGGUCUCUACCCUGUCAAGCCAGCGCCCAGAUGAGUCCGGCGCUUCCAUCGUGGCGGCAGGCACUUGGUCUCGCUGGAUGGGUCUCUACGACGUGACGCGCACGAACAAGCCCGUGGCGAAUUGGAGCAUUCAUGGCGUUACCAAGGCUCACUUCGGCCGAGACGUUGGCGGCAACGGCAUUGUUCAAACCAUCUGGAGUCCAUGUGGCCGAUAUCUGGCCAUCAACGAGCGCCAGGCAAGCGGAAUCCUUGUCUACGAUGUUCGUGGGACGGGCCAGCCUCUGAACCUGCUCGUUGGCAGGACCGCGACCACACAGCAAAGGUUAACGUGUGAUGUAUUUCCGGGAAGCGGGGACUACGGUGGCUUCGAGCUCUGGGCCGGCACAGAACAGGGAAAUGUUCUCGUUUAUGAAGACGUUGGCGCCAUGGAUGGCGUCCUUGACAAGUCAUGGGACUGGGCCGCCCACACAUCACCCGUUGGAAGCGCUGCUGUUCACCCCACCGGCUCCGUCGUCGCCACUUGCUCUGGCGCGUGGACCAGCUAUGCGGAUCGCGAACUGGACAGUGAGGUUGGUUCUACGGACGACAACGGCCAACCGCGCUUGGCUUCGACAUGCAUCACCCCUGAUUCCGCCCUCAAAGUCUGGACAUUGUCGUCGAAUACUACAGAACCCGUGGCUCAGGACAACCCCGAAGCCGUACAAUGACAACUGUCGGCUAGCUAUGACUCUCCGAGUACCAUUUUACUGCCGUCUGUGCCCAAACGAAAAGCGUCCACACCUCCCCAUUCGACAAGAACCGACUAUGAAGGCUUUGCUAAGGCAGAGGUUCAUCUUGCCCAGGCUUGGACAUGAGCUGCCCGCAUACUUGCUUCUUCACAUCAUCCUCAUGCAGGCAGUUGACACAUGGAUGACGGGCCUCGGGUCAAGGUUACCCAGGCUCUUGGCACUCAAGUCUAUCGCCAACAAAGUUUCGCGUGGCAUGUAGCCAAGAUCUACGAAUAGCUUGGGAGAGCAGCUGUUCUGCACGGGAGGCUGCAGUCGCUGACGCAACCUGAUGUCGAUUGCGAGGAUCCCAUCCUCUUGCUGCCCGCUUGCAUCGCGUGCUGCAGCCUCGGCCUUCCCAACAAUCGACUGGGGCAAGGAAAUCUCCUUCAGGCCGUCUGGGCCAUGUUGUUUCUGCAGAAUACUC